ACCCGCCUGCCCGCUGCAGAGCUGAGAGCACGCAACAAGAGCCACAUCGAGCUUCACCGCCCUUCGUAGCGAGCUUGCUUCCCAGCGGAUCGAUCAGCUAGCUUGCUAGGCAUCAGCGCGCGCGGAAGAGAUGGCCACCGCCUCCUCCACGUCGAGGACGAACUCGAGGGUGAACUACUCGAACGAGAUCCACGACCUCUCCACCGUGCAGAGCGGCUCCAUCCCCACCAUGUACUACCCGGAGAAGUCCCUCGCCGACAUCUUCCCGCCUCACCUCCUCAAGAAGGUGAUCUCGGAGGUGGUGGCGACGUUCCUCCUGGUGUUCGUGACGUGCGGCGCGGCGUCCAUCUACGGCGAGGACCUCAAGCGCAUCUCGCAGCUGGGGCAGUCAGUGGUCGGAGGCCUCAUCGUCACCGUCAUGAUCUACGCUACCGGCCACAUCUCCGGCGCGCACAUGAACCCCGCCGUGACGCUCUCCUUCGCCUGCUUCCGGCAUUUCCCCUGGAUUCAGGUGCCGUUCUACUGGGCGGCGCAGUUCACGGGGGCGAUGUGCGCGGCGUUCGUGCUCAAGGCGGUGCUGUACCCGAUCGAGGUGCUGGGCACGACCACGCCCACGGGGCCGCACUGGCACGCCCUCGUCAUCGAGAUCGUCGUCACCUUCAACAUGAUGUUCGUCACCUGCGCCGUCGCCACGGACUCCAGGGCGGUGGGUGAGUUGGCCGGGUUAGCAGUCGGUUCCGCGGUUUGCAUUACAUCCAUCUUCGCAGGGCCUGUGUCCGGCGGAUCGAUGAACCCGGCGAGGACGCUGGCUCCGGCGGUGGCCAGCAACGUCUACACGGGCCUCUGGAUCUACUUCCUCGGUCCCGUCAUCGGCACGCUCUCCGGCGCCUGGGUCUACACCUACAUCCGCUUCGAGGAGGCCCCCGCCGCCAAUAAGGACGUGCCCCAGAGGCUCUCCUCCUUCAAGCUCCGCCGCAUGCAGAGCCAGUCCCUCGCCGCCGACGAGUUUGACACCGUCUAGAGAGACCGGUAGUCGGCGCGAGGCCGGCAGGUGCACUGCUCUCGGACCUCACCAUGCGCGGAUGCAUGGCAUAUGUGUGUAGUGUACCACUGUACCUGUAUGGACGUGCGAGCGCGGCAAGUCACUAUUUGUACCAGUUCAAAGUAUGUACCACGUGUGUGUACAUGUACGGUGUACCUGUGUGCUCGCUCUCUUCAAGACUUCAAGUGGGAGAGAGCUAGAGCUGCGUUUAUGUACCGGUACAUACUUCAAGUGUUUGUAUUUUUCUCCUUGUGCGUACGUGCCUACGUACGUACGCUUCGUUGAAUCAGCAAAUCAGUAUAUUUUUCAUAA